AUGCCUCCCACAAAUACGAUAGUAAAAUCGGCUGAUGAACAGGAAUCAAUAGUAUCGUUUGACAAAGAAGAUAGUAAAAAUGCUUUCAUUCCGGCUAUCAAACAUCCACUUGAACCUCUUACGAUCAAAGAAAUUCAACUUGCAGUGAGCUUAUUACGAAAACAUGAAAAUGUUACACCAAGAACACGAUUUGUAUCAAUUCAACUGAAAGAACCAUUAAAACAAUUUGUGCAUGAUUUCACUGGUGAUCAGCCAAUUCAUCGUGCAGCUAGUGCCGUUUUAUUUGAUAAUCAACUCAAUUCAUGUUACGAAGCAAUAUUAUCAUUAACCGAUCGACAAAUUUUAUCGUUUAAACAUGUACCCGGUGUGCAGCCGACAAUGACCAUCGAUGAACAAGUUGAAUGUGAACAAGCUGUUCUUCAGUCACAAGAAUUUCACGAUAUGGUGAAAAAGAAUUAUGGUAUUGAAGAUAUGUCAUUGAUUAUGUGCGACAUUUGGUCGGCAGGCUAUUAUGGUGAGGAAGAAGAACGCAGCAAUCGUUUAGCUCGUCCACUGUGCUUUGUUCGAUCAGAUCCAACAGAUAAUGGUUACACACGUCCGAUUGAAGGUUUGAGACCGGUUGUAGAUUUGAAUAAAAUGAAAGUGAUUCGUAUCGAAGAAUAUAAUCAUUAUCCCAUUCCCUGUGUAACGUGUAAUUAUGCCGCCGAUCGUACACACAACGCUAGAAAUGAUAUUCGUCCAUUAGAGAUUGUUCAACUACAAGGUCCAAGUUUUCACGUUGAUGGUAAUCAAGUCUAUUGGCAAAAAUGGAAAUUUGUUAUUGGAUUUAGCAUGCGUGAAUCAUUAACAUUACAUCAUAUUUGUUAUGAAAAUCGUUCAAUUCUUUAUCGUGCAUCACUAACUGAAAUGGUCGUACCCUAUGGUGAUCCAGCACCUCAACAAGCCCGCAAAAAUGCAUUCGAUUGUGGGGAAUAUGGUCUCGGUUGUUGUACCAAUAGUCUUGAACUUGGUUGUGAUUGUCUAGGAUUAAUUAAAUAUUUUGAUGCUAAUCUUUGUACGAGUCGUGGUGAACCCUUCAUAAUUAAAAAUGCAGUUUGUAUGCAUGAAGAAGAUGCCGGUAUUCUUUGGAAACAUACUGAUCGACGACUGUGCACUCCCGAAAUUCGCCGAUCUCGUCGUCUCGUCAUUUCAUCAAUAGCCACGGUUGAAAAUUAUGAGUAUGGUUUUUACUGGUAUUUGUAUCAAGAUGGUAACAUUCAGUUUGAAGUUAAAAUGACGGGUGUUCUAUCGUUGGGCGCGAUUCCACCCGGAGAAAAGUCACCUUAUGGGGCACUCGUUGCACCAGCACUCGUCGGUCCCUAUCAUCAACAUUUCUUCAAUGUACGCCUCGACCUGGAUAUUGAUGGUAUCAACAAUACAGCUUAUCAACUCGAUGUUGUGGCGGAUCAAAUAGGUCCGAAAAAUCCGUAUCAUAAUGCAUUCCAAGUAAAAAGCACACGUCUAGACACCGAAAAACAAGCGCGUGCCAAUUUAAAUUUGGAGACAUCGAGAACAUGGAAAAUCGUGAAUGAAAAUGUUUUAAAUAAUUUAGGCGAACCAGUUGGUUACAGAUUUAUGCCUGGUGACAAUUGUAUCCCAUUUGCUCCCCGCACUGCUUGGUGGCGCAAACGUGCAAGAUUUGUCGAUCAUCACGUAUGGAUAACACCGAAUUGUGACGAUGAACGAUUCAGUGGCGGAAUGCAUCCAAAUCAAAGUCAAGGGGACCGUGAUACUCUUUGGCAUUGGACAGAAAAAGAUCGUGCAAUAACAAAUAGUGAUAUCGUUCUUUGGUACACAUUCGGUCAUACACAUAUUCCACGUCCAGAAGAUUUUCCUGUUAUGCCAGUUACGUGUGUCGGUUUUAUGUUAAAACCAAAUGGUUUCUUUAAGAUAAAUCCGGCUAUCGACCUGCCAAGAUCAGAGAAAAAAGAAGAAUGCGAUAAGAAAAGCUGCUGUCAAUAG